AAAUCUAAUUCAAAAGAAGGAUUUUGAAAGUCAAAUGUGUCUGAUUUAAAAUAAUCCUGCACACAAUUGAUUGCAGACACAAGCAGAGCUCCAGAUAUCAGCAUCAAUCUUAAACUCAAGGUCAGACACAGUCAUGUUUGUGAUUCUUCUGUUUGCAUCAACGUUAAGCCAAGGUCUUACAAUAGUGAGCUAUGGAGACAGUUUCAUCACAGCAUUUCCAGAAAAUGUGGGUUACUUCUACCCAUACACUCCUAGAAGUCUAAGAGUCACAGCCCUCCAUGAAGACACUUCCUUCACUGUCUUCUACAACAACACAAAAAUAACAAAAUCAUACCUGCAGAGAGGUUCAACCACAACUGUGACAUUUCCUAAAACUGCCGAAGUACACGAACUUAACUACUCCACUAAUUCAAUCCGAAUUACCAGUACCAAAAACGUUGUAGUACAUUCUUUGAGUCAGACAGAUACAGGUACCAUUCAGAAGAAAAAUAUCCAGACCAGUGUUAUUCAACCCAUCACAAAUCUUGGCACAAACUAUUUGAUCCCUCCGCUAAGCCAUCCAGGCCUUAUCCAAACGUUCAGCGGAUCCUCGGCACCCUUCUCGUCCCAAAGAUACAGUUUGUUCAAAUUGAUCAUCAUCAAUGCAGAGGACACAGAAAACACUAUCACGGUAGUCUGGAAAGUAUCAGCCAGCGUUCAAGAAGAAAAGUUAAAGAUCCCGUCAUACCAGCUCAUCCAGAUACAGGCCAGUGCCUCACUCCUGAUGGUUAAGUCUAGCCAUAAAGUUGCAGUGAUUCUGACUCAUCCAUGUCUAGAAAUGACAGCCUGUAAAUGCAACAUGAUAGUGAAUCAGAUUCUUCCUACACAAUUUCAGGGUCAGAACUUUGUUGUGCCGUACAUUCCGGGUAUAACCCAGAGCCGCUUGCUUAUGACAUCAAAUGACACGGCAAUCUCACUAUAUCACAAUAAUGUUCAGUUACAGCCUAGUCCAUCAGGCUUCCUGUCACUUUCAGAUCAGACGAAAUCUCAGUACGUAAAUGCAUCAGGAGGCGUGUCCCUUAGACUGAUCAGUCCAGAUCUUUUUAUUGAAUUGAUCCCAGAAAACAUGUUUGCUGGCUGCUAUCUGCUACAGUUGUAUUCAGACAUCAAGAGCGCCUUAGUGAUAGCUGAAACUGGCAGCAGAAAUAAUGUACACAAACAAAAGGACCAUAUUACAUCUGCUAAGUGGACUGAGAUUACCGGCACAAAAUACUCUUCAGCUAUAAUACCUUUAACAAACCCAUCAACCUUCAUCUGGCAUCCAUCCUCAAAGAUUGCCGUUUAUAUACUGGAAAACACUGGCACGGCAGUUUAUGGAGGACCAGCUAUACCUAUAAAUGAUCAACCAGAUGAGUUUGGCUGUGUGGUGAUUCCUGGACAGUUUGAAGUCGGAAAUGAUCGUCUUAGUUGGGCUGAGUCCCUGGCUCACUGCACGAGUCUUCAAAAACAACUUGGCUGUCCUACAAGUGAAGACAUUCAGAUGAAUUUGGCCAAUACGGUUAACACAACAGAGGAUGAGGAGGCUUGGAUUGGACUACGUCGUAGUCUGAUGACUACAGACUGGUACUGGCAAAGGCAAACACCAUCAACAACAUCAUUACCAUCACCAUCAUCAGAUUUCUUUCAUUGGGCUGAUGGGCAGCCACUGGACAGUUUUAUGGGCCUUUGUGCUUCAUUGUCAUUGGUUCGUGAAGAUGAAUUCAAAUGGAAAAGUGCAAAAUGCUGUGAGAAAAAGCGUCCUGUCUGCUACAAAUCCCCAAUAUACCUUAAUCCUUUAUAUCCGGUUGAUCCAGUAAACAUUCCUUAGGUUCCCAUGUAUGUUAAAAGCACCACAAAUAUAUCCCGGUGUAAUGUUGUUUUAGCUGGUAACAAAAACUGUAGUUUAUGAUGGGAGAUACUAAAAAAGGAACGUAGUCCAUUUUUAAUCUUGUAAAAUUAUCAUCAUAGUGUUUAUGGGGGAAGUACAUUUGUAAUCCAUGUUCAUAGGUUCCAGGUAGCUUUACAUAGUGUUUGAAUUAGCAUCAAAAAAUAAAAUAACAGGUCUUAUUAGCGUGAAAUGAAAAAUCUCAAUUAUCUUUUGAUUGAAUAUGAAAUAUGUGUUUAUAAUCAAGGAUGUUUGGUGAUUUAGUACCUAGGCUUAAACAUGAGUUUUCUAGUGAAAGUGGUUGACUGUCAUCAGUUCUUAAGAGUUUUUUCCUUACUGGGGACUUUAAUUAAGGUAUGAUUCUGUAAAGUUGCUUUAAACAAUACAUAUGGUGAA